AUGGUUGAGAUUACAGGCAUCAAGUUCCUUGUAAUUCUCUUCCGUCUCUUCCACGUUGCCAACGCCCAGGGCAUCUGUUCCUGCCCCAGCUCCCCAACCACCUACACAGCCACCUUCGAGAAAAACCUCAAAAGCCUCCUGGCCUCUAUCGCAGCCAAUGCCGCCUCCCUUCCUGGCUUCUUUUACAACACCACGGAGGGCAAUAGCCCGGACCAAGUCUAUGGCCUUGUGCAGUGUCAUGCAGAUGUCUCGGCCGAUGAAUGCCGCAGUUGCGCAGCAGUUGCCACCUCUCAGAUCACCGGGUCGUGCAGAACCUUCAAAACUGCUAUGUGUUGGCAAGAAAAUUGCCUCUUGCGCUACUCAAGUGAACAUUUCUUUGGGGUAGCAGAUGUCCCCAGACACUCUGUGCAGAACGACAAAGGCAUCUCGAAUCCUUCGCAGUUCAGAUCAAUUGUGCUAUCCUUAAUCAGCAAGCUCACCGGAUUGGCUGCCACCAACAAGUCUUCCUUGUCCUACGCCACCGAUGCCGUUCCCUACGCAGACAACGUGACGGUCUAUGGGCUGGUGCAGUGCACAAGAGACUUGUCGCCUGCUGCCUGCCGUUUGUGUUUGAACAACUCUGUAAAUUCCAUUUUAUCUUGUUGCAUACAUAAACAGGGGGCUAGAGUUUUGUCUGGAAGUUGUGUUCUGAGAUACGAGGUCUACCCAUUCUUCGGAAAGUUUUCAAAGCCGACGCUGUUGCAGCCCCCGGCGGCUAAUGGGCCGAUCUCUCCGGGGCCACUGCCUCAUUUACCUCUGGAUAAUCCGUCAGGGAACAGUGGAAGAGGUUUUUGGAGAAUUAUGACGAUCCUAAGCACCAUAGGAGGCGGUCUGUUGGCAGCUUGUAUCCUAUUGAUCGUUCGAGCAAGGAAACACAUGGAGAAAGUGAGAUAUGAAAGGGAGACAUCCUUGCUUGAAGUAAACGGGCAGAAUUACCAGCAUGGGACAAACUACGAAGUGGCAAUGGUAAGACUUAGGACGGUUCAAGCAGCCACAGAUAACUUUUCAGAGUUGAACAAACUCGGCCAGGGUGGAUUUGGUCCCGUCUACAAGGGUAUUCUCCCCAGUGGACAGGAAAUAGCAGUCAAGAGGCUUUCCCAAUAUUCGGGCCAAGGCAUAAGGGAGUUCAAGAAUGAGGUUAAACUGAUAGGAAAUCUUCAACACAAGAACUUGGUAAGGCUUUUGGGGUGUUGCACGGAGGAGGAGGAAGUGCUGCUCAUUUAUGAGUAUCUCCCCAACAAAAGCCUUGACACCUUUCUCAAUGAUCCACAAAAGCGAGAACUGUUAGAUUGGGAGACAAGACUCAAUAUUACGAUGGGGAUUGCAAGGGGCAUGGUUUAUCUUCAUCAUGAUUCCCGACUCAGCAUUAUCCACCGCGACCUCAAAGCAGCCAAUGUUUUACUGGAUGAGCAGAUGAACCCUAAAAUUUCAGAUUUUGGGAUGGCAAGGAUCUUCAGUGGCAAUCAAACUCAAGCAAACACCAAAAUAAUUGUUGGAACAUAUGGGUACAUGGCUCCGGAGUAUGCUAUGGAUGGAUUGUUCUCCACUAAAUCAGAUGUCUACAGCUUCGGCAUCCUACUCCUCGAAAUCAUCAGUGGCCAACUCAACAGAAAGUUUAACCAUGCCCAUCAAGAAGCUCGUAGUCUCGUUGGAUUUGCAUGGAGUUUGUGGAGUCGAGGGAUGGGACUGGAAUUCGUGGACCCGCUGCUAAGAGAGAGAAGCCCUACUCGAGAAAUAUUAAGAUGCCUACAUAUAGGCUUGCUAUGCGUUCAAGAAGAUGCCGAAAGUAGACCAACCAUGUCUUCUGUUCUUCUCAAGCUUGGGGGAGAAUGUUUGGCACUUCCGACGCCAACGAUACCUGCAUUUUCUAUGAGAAAAAUCAAAGAUGGUUCCAGCAAAUCACAGUCUUCUUCACUGAACGGGGUUACAUAUACUGAAGUUGCUCCAAGGUAA